UCACGAGAAAGAGGCGCGAUAUGACAGGAACGCUAGCCAGGUUGCUUCUAAUUGGUUGGAUGAAGAGAGAGGAUGGAGUGAAGCAAAGGGGAAGAGACGACUGGGCAGGGCUACACGUUGUCUUAAGCGACUGUCUAUCCAACCCUUUUUCUGUCGUCACUUCAAACGCUCUAAAUGGCCCAGUCGGACAGACUAGAGAUAGACGUUUUUGGUGUCAUGCUGUGUCGAACAGGUCAGAGGUCAUCAUGACGCGUUUCGUAGCUUGGAAGAAACGUCAGAAAAGAUGGCAACCGACUAUUUUACUUAUUUCGAUUGUAAUUUGGAGUAUGGCCAAUGGUAUAGCGUACGAUGCAGAAAUGAGAGUCCAGUUCGAAGUACGAGAAGAAGAAAAAGCGGGAAUAUUAAUUGGAACAAUUCCAGUCAAGCGCAAUUUCACUUAUCGCUUCAACGAGAAUCCUGCAGAAUUCAGGCUGAAUGGUAGCACCGGCCAAGUGACAACGGCCGUCGUUCUAGACAGGGAGGGUCUAUCCAGCGACAGGUUCGACUUGGUAGUUUUAAGCAGUCAGCCAACUUAUCCGAUCGAAGUAAGAAUUAUCGUUUUGGAUAUAAACGAUAACUCGCCGGUUUUUCCAGAACUCAGUAUCGAUAUUGCAUUCGCUGAAAAUUCUAAUAUCGGUACUAGAUUAAUUCUAGACACUGCCACCGAUAAGGACAUUGGUGUCAAUGAUGUUACUACCGACUACAGAAUAGUAUCCGGCAAUGAAGACGAAAUGUUUCGUCUCUUGGUGACAACCAAUCCUAGUGGAGAAACUCCUUAUCUUCAUUUAGAAACGACGGGAAGACUCGAUAGGGAAGUUAAAUCUUUUUAUGUUUUAAAUGUAUCUGCCAAAGAUGGAGGUGUUCCAGCCAGGUAUGGAUAUCUUCAAGUAAAUAUAAAUAUAUUGGAUGUAAAUGAUAAUCCUCCGAUAUUUGAUCAUAGUGAUUAUUCGGUUAAUGUUAAUGAAAGUACUCCUCCUGGAACGAGUAUUCUUCAGGUCAGGGCAACGGAUAUCGACGUAUCAGAUAAUUCUAAAAUAUCAUAUUUUCUCGCUAAUGACGAAACUGAAUUUGCCAUCGAUGAACAAACAGGUGUUAUUACCACUAAUGAUUAUCUUCAUUGUAAGCAGAAUUGUCCGGAAAAUGAGAGAUGCUCUAGGAGUUGUGUAUUUGCCGUCAUUGCCAGAGAUCACGGAACACCCAGUCAAGAUGGAAGAGCGUAUGUUUCCGUGAAUCUUGUCGAUGCCAACGAUCACGAUCCAAUUAUUACUCUUCGUUACUUCCCGUCUUCGGCUAGUUAUGCUUCAGUGGACGAAAAUGCCCAAAAUGGUUCUUUAGUAGCAGCAAUCAGUGUUAUUGACUUAGACGAAGGAAAAAAUGGAGAGACAACGGUUAAUAUUAGUGAUGGAAACAGUCUAGGACACUAUCGAUUGGAAACAACUUCUAAUUUUGUAAUUGUUCGUGUAAAUGAUGUUUUAGAUAGAGAAAAAUUUAGUUAUUAUAACCUUACUAUUACAGCCAGUGAUAAAGGUGUUCCUUCUCGGACAUCAACUGCUUACUUAGUGAUACAGAUAAACGAUGUCAACGAUCAUGAGCCAGUUUUUGAAACCGAUAUUUAUAUAGCUGAAAUGGAUGAAACUGCACCCAUUGGAUCUUAUGUGUCAAGUGUUCGAGCUACGGAUAUGGAUACCGGAAUAAAUUCCAGAUUGCAUUAUUCUAUUAUUUCUGGCGAUGACCAAAAAUGGUUUGCCAUUAAUAGUAAUACAGGAUUGAUCACAACAAAGAAACGGUUAGACAGGGAAAUAACCGAUAUGGUUCAAUUAAAAAUUGCUGCAAGAGACAGUGGAUCAAAUCCACGAUGGACGUACAGUUAUUUGCGUGUUUAUUUAUUGGAUGAGAAUGAUAAUGUUCCAACGUUUGCUCGUGAAAAUAUAGAAAUAUCUCUGAGAGAAAACACUCCUCCUGAUCAGAUAAUGGUUGUUAGUGCAAGUGAUAAUGACCUAGGAGCAAAUGGAACGGUGUCAUAUCAUUUGGAUCUUACAGUAGAUCUAAUGUAUCCGCAAACAUUUUCUUUAGAUCGUAAAAGAGGCAAUUUAUCCACCAUUAUAAGUUUCGAUAGAGAACGUUUAUCUAAUUACGAUAUCAGAAUUGUUGCAAAAGAUGGAGGAAAACCUUCUUUAUCAUCUACAGUAACUAUUCAUCUUCAAAUUUUAGAUGCAAAUGACAAUUAUCCUUAUUUUCUUCAGCGAUUUUAUGUUUUUUCUGCAAAUUCUAACGUUCCUGUUGGUACGGAAAUAGGCAAAGUAUCCGCAAUAGACAGAGAUUUGGAAUCGACUAUAAUAUAUUCGCUUGACGAUGAAAAUGAUAAUAUCAUUAAAGUUGAAAAAACGACAGGAAUAAUCAGAACCACCAAAAAUUUAUAUAACUUUAAACGUAAAAGUCAGAUAUUUAAAAUUUUAGCCAAAGAUGUGCAGAAUCCAGAAAAACCAGAUAUUGCAACAUUGUUAUUAUAUAUAAAAACUGAUAAACAAAAUACAAGUUUGGAAUUUACUCAAAAGUUGGGAUAUCAUUUUCAAUUAGAAGAAGAUCAGAAACAAGAAAAUUUUCUAGUCAAAAGAGAAGUAGGAAAAGUUAGUUUAGUUGGAAGUCAUUCAUCAGUUUUAUAUUAUAUUACAUCAGGCAAUACAGAAAAUUGGUUUCAACUGGAAAAAGAAACCGGAAUCUUAGAAACGGCGAAAUCAAUUGAUCGAGAAAUUUUUUCUUUCUUUACUUUAAUUAUUAUUGCUUGCGUUGGAGAUGAAUACAUCACAACUAAUGUCAAUAUAACAAUUACUGAUAUAAAUGAUAAUCAUCCUACUUUUGUGUCUUUAGUGAGAAACAUUCAAAUUGGAGAAGAUUCUCCAAUUGGUCAUAUUGUGUAUAUUGCCGAAGCCAAAGAUCCAGAUAAUGGAGAAAACGGGACGAUCACUUAUUCUUUAACUUCGAAUCCUCGAAAUGUUUUUGCUAUUAAUAAUGUUACCGGAGUUGUUGUGGUAAACAUAACUUUAAUGAAUGAAGUUGAUACUGUUUACGAUGUAGCAAUUAUUGCUAGAGAUUCAGGGACGUUAUCUUUGGGUGCAAGCCAUCAUUUAACUGUUAAGAUAAAAGAUGUUAACAAUCACGUACCUCAUUUCGUUCAAAGAUCUUACGAAUUAAGCUUAUCUGAAAGGACAAAAGUUAAUACAAAAAUUUUUCGUUUAUCUGCUAUCGAUGACGAUCUGUAUGACAACGGACGUAUCAUUUAUUUUACGACUGAACAAGAAAAAUUUGGAGUCUUUCCCGAUGGAAAUAUAUAUCUGAAAGAAAGUUUGGACCGGGAGAUAAGAGACUAUUAUGAAUUUGUAGUAAUAGUCAAAGAUCAUGGGAUACCACCCAGGAGCUCUCAAGUUUCUGUCGUUUUGAGUAUCGAAGAUGAUAAUGAUAAUCCUCCUAAAUUUAAAAACAGUAGUUUAGUAUAUUACGUAAAAGAAAAUUUACCUCCCGAUACUGUAAUUGGAAGAUUAAUUGCUUAUGAUUUGGAUAUUGAAGAACAUGGCGAUUUAAUUUACUCAAUUUCUACAAAUCAAAAUGAUUUUGUUAUAGAUCCCAAAACGGGACUCUUAAGGACAUCAAAAUCGUUUGACAGGGAAGAAAUGAUAGAAUCGACUGGUCACGAUUUUAUUUUAAUGGAAGUAGUAGUUCAAGAUAAAGGAAAUUUGAAAGAUAUAGCUAAAGUCUGUGUUUAUAUCACUGACGUAAAUGAUAACGCUCCAAUAUUUGCAAGAAAUCCCUACAGAAUUCAACUGUCAGAAACUACGCCACAGGGUACACAAAUAAUCAAAAUAAAUGCUUUAGAUGCUGACGAAUACAAUAAUGGGGAAGUAACCUAUUCAAUUUCAAACACUAUUCCACAGACUAAAUUCAGUAUUGAUCAGCACAGUGGACAGAUUAUUCUUAAUGAAGAAUUGGACAGAGAAAUGGAAAACUUUUAUUCACUAACAAUUUUAGCCAUUGAUAAUGGAACUGAUCACAGGUACACUUCAACUGGGACUGUUAGCAUCUCGGUAUUAGACGAAAAUGAUAAUUAUCCAGAAUUUAUAAAUAACACAAAGGAAGUAACCGUUCGUGAAGACAUGUCGGUCGGUAGCAUUAUUGCCACUUUUCUAGCAAUAGAUAAGGAUUUAAAUCAUGAUAUUACUUAUUCUUUAUCUUCCUCUAAUUAUAGAGAUGUCUUUAAACUCAAUCCAAUGACAGGAAAUCUGUAUUUAUCUCAUAAUUUAGAUCGAGAAGAAAACGAAAAAUAUCAUCUAUCUAUAACUGCUAGUGAUAACGGAAUUCCUACCUUAAGUACAAGUAUAACAAUUUUUGUAAUUGUGACUGAUGUGAAUGAUAAUCCUCCCGUAUUUUCAAAUACGGAUGUAAUAUAUAGAGUGACAGAAAAUACGGAACCUAAUACUAAAAUUGCUUUAAUAAGCGCGGAGGAUGCGGAUGCUGAUAUCAAUGGACAGGUGAAGUAUAACAUAAGUAAAUGUUGGCCUUGCAAAAAUCAUUUCGGGAUUAAUCCAGAAACGGGUAUGAUCUAUACUACUCGAUCGCUAGACAGAGAAGAGACCGAUUCGUACACUUUAACCGUGGUAUGUACUGAUUUGGCUGAACCAGCUAUCAGUAGAUUAACAACUGAAAAAACAAUUACCAUAAUUGUUGAUGACAUAAAUGACAACGCACCCACUUUUGUGUCAAUCGACACGGGCAUCUUAUUGGAAGGGUCCAGUCAGGGAGAUGUUAUUAUGACUUUAUCUGCACAAGAUCCGGACAACGAAAUGAACGGAACGGUAACUUAUCAUUUGGAAGAAUCACAAUCGGACCUUUUUUCUUUAGAGCCAUCUACUGGAAUAUUAACUCUCUCUCGUAGGGUUUCCAAGCCACUUCCGAUCUACAAUUUAACAGUUAGAGCGACCGAUAAUGGGCCGAGACCGUUUAUGAAAUCUUCUAGAUUAAAACUUACGAUUUUGGGAGUUCUUAAAAGGCAAAGUGGACCCGUAUUUAGUGCAUCUGAAUUUUCCGGUUCUGUAUACGAAAACCAACCAAUUGGUACUAGUGUUUUAGCGGUAAAGGCUCAAGGCAAUCAUAUUUCUGUUAAUUAUUAUUUGACUUCAAUAAAUGUCAAAGGGUUAAGUUAUAGAAAAAUCUUUAAUGUUGAUCGCCGAACAGGGAUCGUCUCUACCACUCAAGUAUUGGAAAGUGAAGGACAAUUUGACGUAUUUGAACUUGAAAUUUAUGCAGUCGAAAUCAUUGGUUCUCGUUCAAAAACUUCCAAAACUAAGGUUACUAUAACGGUUCUAGACGAGAACGAUACCCCUCCUACUUUCAUUCAAGAUGUCUAUCAAGUAAACAUAACAGAAGACACGUCUCCAGGAUCUACUAUUAUAAAAGUUGCUGCUGUUGACGAAGAUUCAGCAGGAAGUAUCAGUUACUUUCUGAAAGGUUCCGAUCAUUUUAGCGUGCAAUUAUCUGAUGGAGUUGUUAGUUUAGUAAAGAAAUUAGAUCGUGAAAAUAGUUCAGAAUAUUUUUUGCAAUUGAUAGCAUCGGAUGGAGUUCGUGAAGGAUAUUCAACUUUGAUUAUUCAGGUGAUAGAUAUCAACGAUAAUUAUCCCGAGUUUGACAAUCAAGUGUACUCUUUCGAUAUUCUCGAGAAUGCUCAAAAAGGUAGUGUGAUAGGAAACGUGUUAGCUUCGGAUAAAGACGUUGGAGAUAACUCACUAAUUACCUAUAGCAUCUUAACUGAAUGGGGGAAGGAUGUCUUUAAUUUAAAUCCUCUAACAGGGGCUUUUACCCUAAUUUCUACGUUAGAUUUUGAAGAGGAGCAACUUUAUAUAGCAACAAUUAAAGCAGAGGAUUCCGGUCAUCCCAGUUUAUCAUCUACAGUGACAGUAUAUAUUAAUGUCGUAGAUGUAAAUGAUAACGUUCCUUUAUUCGAAUCGACUACGUAUCGUCAAGAAAUAUUUGAAAAUAUAACAAUAGGAUCAUAUAUUUUACAAGUUACUGCACUGGAUAUGGAUUCAGGUUUUAAUGGAAAAAUACGUUAUGAACUUUUAGAAGGAGAUCCGAAAAAUGAAUUUUCCAUUACAUCAAAUGGUACAAUUAUAACGUCGAAGGAAUUAGAUAGGGAGAAAACAUCAUUUUACAAUCUAGUAAUAAGUGCUACAGAUGAAGCUCAAUAUCCUAAUGUACCUCUUUCUAGUAAAGUACUUGUCACUAUUGUUUUAAAAGAUGUUAACGAUGAAUCACCUCAGUUUUUGACUCCAACAUCGGCUUGGGUAAAUGAAAAUGCUCCAAAAAAUACUUUGAUUAUGACUGUAAAAGCAAUUGAUAAUGACGACGGUCCGAAUAGUUAUAUAGAAUAUUCAAUCGAAGGAACUGAUAACACAUUUAGUUUAAGUCCUGUAGAAGGGCAUUUGAAAUUAAAAUCAGUUUUAGACAGAGAAAAUAUUUCUACUUAUAAUAUUAUUAUUUGGGCUAAAGAUAAAGGAAAACCUCCUCGUUCCUCAUCCAUUGCAAUCACCGUUAAUGUAAACGACAUCAAUGAUAAUAGUCCAAAAUUCCAGAACGAUCGCUAUGAAGUCAGCUUACCUGAAGAUAUUCGUGUUGGUCAUUUUGUUUUUCAGGUAUCUGCUAGUGAUCCCGAUGAAGAUAAAAAUGGACAAAUCAAGUAUUAUAUUGAAUCUGGCAACAUUAAUAAUCACUUUACUAUAGAUCUUUAUUCUGGAAUUAUAAGAGUAAACAAAGAACUAGAUAGAGAAAAAAUAUCACAAUAUCUAUUGACAUUGAGAGCGAUAGAUUGUGGUGACAAUAUACUUCACGAUACUGUCACUCUGGCAAUAAUUAUAACUGAUAUUAAUGACAAUUAUCCCAUAUUUGUUGACAGUCCUUAUCAAGUUCGCGUAUUAGAAAAUAUGGAUUAUUUUCCAAUUACGAUUAUAACUCUUGAGGCGGAAGAUGAUGAUGAAGAUAGCGCAAUUCGUUAUUCCAUUCAAGAUGGUGACAAGAAAAUCUUUAGCAUUAAUGCGACGACUGGGGAAUUAACCAUGCAUAAUAGUGUUGACAGAGAGAAACAAAACGAAUAUAUUUUGACAGUUAUUGCUAUUGAUGGAGGGAGUCCUUUACAGACUGGAACAGCCACUGUCACUAUCAUUGUCGAAGAUGUCAAUGAUAAUUCUCCUGACUUUGAUCAAUCACAAUACAUAGGAUAUGUUGAAGAGAACUUGCCUCCAGGAAAAGAAAUUAUUCAGUUAUCAGCCAAUGAUCCUGAUAGCGGCGAAAACGGAAGAAUAGUUUACGAUUUUUUUGAUAGAAAUUAUUCCGAUUUGUUCUCCUUGGAUUCAAAAACGGGACUUAUUUCGACUCUUAAGACGUUAGAUCGUGAAGCCAUGGAAGUUUAUAAAAUGUCUGUUAUUGCUCAGGACUGUGGAUUUAACGUCAAACAUUCUAGCAUAGUUCAGUUGAUGAUAAAAGUAACUGAUCAAAAUGAUAAUGCUCCUCAGUUCAUGAUUAAUAGCUCUACAGUUAUUUUACCGAAUAAUGCAUUAAAAGAUCAGUUCGUAUUUGAAAGCCGAGCUAAAGAUCUAGACAUUGGCAAUAACAGUAAAUUAACUUAUGAUGUUAGUGAUUCGGAGAUAAUUCUUAUUGAUCAGAACACGGGAGUUUUGAAACUGAAGCGUGAUCUAAAUCCCAACGACGACAAUCAUAACAUCACAAUUAAAGUAAAAGAUAACGGAAAAAUUCCUCUCUCGGAUACUUAUAACCUAUUCAUUCGACUCAGUCCAGCGAACCGAUUUCCUCAUUUUAGAUCGGAUCGAAGACAGUUUAGAGUUUUGGAAUCAGUUACGGAUUAUCAUAUUAGUACUUUAUCUGCUGUGUCACCUCAAGGUCCACAUAGUAGAUUAAGAUAUGUUAUCGGAGGAGGCAAUAUAAACGAAGUUUUCGCGGUGAAUCAUCGAACUGGAGAAGUUCGUGUUUCAGGUAUGUUAGAUCGAGAAGAAGUGGCUAAAUAUGAAUUAUGGAUCCAAGCAUUCGACGGAGAUUUAGCAAGCGCUGUUCGGUUAGAUAUCGAAAUAGAAGAUGUCAACGAUAACUCACCCAUAUUUAAAGAAAAUCAUUAUCAAUCGGCUAUCAGUGAAAAUUUGGAAGAAUCUCAAAGAGUGAUACAGGUUUUGGCAGAAGAUUUAGACGAAAAAGCUAAUGGACAAAUUUCUUAUAAAUUAAUUGAAUCAGCUAACUCAUCCUUUCGUAUUGACCCUCACAAAGGAAUUAUUUACACCGCAGUUAAACUUGACAGAGAAGAAAGAGACAGUUAUAAUUUGAUUGUUCAGGCAACAGAUGGAGGAAAUCCUCCUAAAAGUAGUUCUACUACGGUUACUGUUAUUGUGUUAGAUAAAAAUGAUAAUCCACCUCGUUUUACUAGGUUGUUUACCUCAAAUGUGACUGAGAAUGCACCUCCUGGGACAGUUGUAAUUCACUUGACUUCAUCCGAUCGAGAUAUUAGCAUUAAUGCAAACGCCACUUAUAGUUUUGUGGAAAAUUGGGACGGUAUAUUUCAUCUGGAUCCAAAUAAUGGAAAUGUUACUGUAUUGAAAAAAUUAGAUCGUGAAACUAGGGAAGAAUAUAUUUUGAAAGUUGCUGCUGUUGAUGGCUCGUGGAGAGCGGAAACUCAUUUAACUAUCACAGUGCAAGACGUUAACGAUAAUCCUCCGAUGUUUUCCAGUGCGAUUUACCAAUUUAACAUAUCUUCAACUUUAACUACAGGCUCUAAAGUUGGAAAAGUCAAAGCAUUCGAUCGUGAUAAACAAGGUCCACAUUCAACAAUUACCUACAAUUUAAAACCAACUCAUAAUAUUUUUGCUAUUGAACCAGAUACAGGAGAAAUUUACAUUCGACCACAGAUCCAUGUCAAAGAAUUUGAUGAUCAGUAUGUUUUUCAGGUAAUAGCAACUGAUCACGGUAGACCGCCUCUUUCUUCUCAAGCUGUUAUAGCGAUUAAAAUAAUAGAUAGGAAUUUUGGACCGCCUAUUUUCGUCGGAAAUAAUUCAAUUUACCCAGUUCCGGAGAACGUCCAUAUGAAUCAAACAAUAUUACAGUUGACAGCCAAGGACUCUAAUGAUAAAUGUGUUAAUUCCGAGAUCAAUUAUUAUAUUGUUGGAGGAAAUGGUUCUCUUUACUUUUGCAUCGACAAAUAUCGGGGAAUUGUUAGCGUAUGCGAAUACUUCAAAAAAAGUGCCGGCACCAUUUUUAUAUUGGAAGUUUCGGCUUUUGAUAGAGGAUUGCCUCCAAUGUCUACAAAUACUUCUUUAAAAUUAAUCAUAAGCGAACAGAAUAACUCUCCACCUUCAUUUCUUUCUCCAUCAUAUCAAGUAGUUGUUGCUGAGAACGAAGCUGUAGGAUCUAAAUUAAUUGGACUUACUGCAAUUGACAAGGAUCAAGGAAUUAAUGGGAAGAUAUUAUAUGCCAUCGAAGCUGGAAAUGACGAAGAGAAAUUCCAAAUAGAUUCUCUUAGUGGAGUAGUCACAAUUGCCGGUUCGUUGGAUUAUGAAUCUGUUAGAGAAUAUCAAUUAUCAGUUAUAGCUAGAGAUCAAGCGUUUUACAGUCUCAAUAGUUCUGCUUUGCUGAAAGUUGUCAUAACAGACAUUAAUGACAACCCUCCUAUUUUUAAUAAUAGUGAGUUGGAAGUUACUAUCGACGAAAAUUUACCACCUAAUACAAUAAUUACGGUUCUUGCAGCAACAGAUAAGGAUACCGGAAGGCAUUCUAUUAUUCACUAUUACCUAGAAGAAAAAGAAUACGCUAAAUAUUUUCAUUUAGAUCGUGAUACAGGUGUUUUGACUUCACUUUUUGAACUGGAUUACGAGCAAAGAAAUAAAUACGAAUUAUUAGCGAAAGCAAAAAAUCCUGAUUCGUAUCUUGAAAGUGAAAUAUUAAUUGCAAUUAAUAUUUGUGGUAUUAACGAAUUUUAUCCAAAAUUUAUCCAACCAGUUUUUCGCUUUGCAGUCAGCGAAUCGUCUCCUAUUGGAACCUCAGUUGGAACGGUUUUGGCAAUUGAUGAUGAUGGAGCAGAUGACGGAAUGGUUUAUUACAUUCUCCUCGGAGGAAAUAAAAACGGACAAAUGAGUUUUGGUUUAGACAUCAAAACGGGCGUAGUUUUUUUGACUCGAAAACUCGAUAGAGAGUCUCAGUCUAAUGUUACUUUUAAUGUUCUUGCAAAGAAUUUAGGGAGCGUUAGAGCUAACAAUACAGAUACUUGUGAAGUUCGUAUCUUUAUUCAAGACUUCAAUGACCCUCCAGUAUUUUCUAGUUCGGUGUACGAAGUUCGGAUUAGUGAAGAUGUCUCAAUCAAUACAGUUGUGGUUCGAGUUUCGGCAACAGAUUCUGAUGAACAUCCUCAACAUAAUCAAUUCGUUUUUUCAAUCGUAUCCGGAAAUGUAGGAGGAGCUUUUCAAAUCGACGAAAUGACAGGAAUAGUGACAGUUAAAUUACCAUUAGAUAGAGAAGUAACUGAUAAGUAUUUAUUGAUAGUGACAGCGACAGAUAUUGGAACUCCGCCUCAAACAGGUACUACAAACGUCUAUAUACAUUUAGAAGAUGUGAACGAUAACGGUCCUUACUUAGAUGAAGAAGAACUUAUUGGUCAAGUUUACGAGGGAGAACCGAUUGGUACUGUAGUCAUGACAUUAAACGCUAGAGAUCACGACUUACCACCAAAUACUUUUCCUUAUAAGUAUAGUCUAGUUGGAAAAGGUGUAAAAUAUUUUCAAAUUGAGAGGACUACGGGACGUUUAAAGACUUUAGUCGUUUUAGACAGAGCAAUAAUUUCUUUUGUAGAUCUGUUACUAGAGAUUGAAGAUAGUGGUCAAUCACCAAUGAAAUCCUCUUAUACAUUACGUAUUUUUGUGUUAGAUCGUAAUAACAAUCCUCCAAUUCCUAGAAAUAUGAAUAUAAUCGUCUGGUGGCAAGAAAAUAAUUUUCAUCAUGGAGUCAUUGCAAAUGUACGACCUUUUGAUCCGGAUACUACAGGUGAAUAUCGAUGCAGAUUAGUAGGCGAUAGCUUAGGUUUUGAAAUAGUUUCUGAAUGCAAUCUCAACACAUUUAAAGUAAGGAACGCAGUUCUAAAUGUUUCGGCAGACGACGGAGUCCAUUCUGAAGUCACAUCAUUGAUUAAAGUUCAGUUUAUAUCUUUCGAUAACGAUACCUUAUCGAACAGCAUAAGCAUAAUUUGGAAAAAUAGCACAACUGACCAAUUUUUAGAAAAUAAUUUGGAAAUAUUCACGAAGAAAUUGGAGAGUAUUUUUAAGGACAGCGGUAAGCCGAUUAUAUUUUCUAUAACACAGAAAGAAAACGAUACUGAAAUUCAGUUAUCCGUUAGGACUGCUAAAGGUAAAUACUUAUUACCAAAAAUAGUAAGAGAUAAAACACAAGACUUAAAUUCAUCUUUUGAUGUUGAAAUCGGAUACGAUCCGUGCAAAGAAAAUCCUUGCAAGAAUGAUGGAAAAUGUCAAAACAUUUUAUUUUCCGAGAAAAGAUACAGUUUAUCUUCCUCUCCUCAUUUGGCAUUAGCAACACCUUUUUUCCAACGAAAACUUCAAUGUUAUUGUCUUUCGAGUUAUUCGGGUUUCUUUUGCGACGAUAUGGUGGAUCCUUGCGCCAAAAGUCCUUGUCUCCACGGCGGAAAAUGUAAAGCAAACGGUUCCCAAUAUAAUUGUUCGUGUCCGAAUAACUACAAAGGAAAAAUAUGCGAAUUCCCCGAUUCUCGAUUAUGCUCGAGUAACCCCUGUAUGCAUGGAGGAACGUGCGAAGAAGUCGGAUCAGAAAAUUAUUUCUGUCUUUGUCGAUCUGGUUAUCGAGGAACACAUUGCGAAUCUAUUACGGAUAUCUGCAGGCCAAAUAGAUGUGUAAAUGGAGGAACUUGUAUCGUUAAUAAAAUAGGUUAUAUUUGCCAAUGCAGUCCACGCUUCUUCGGAAGACAUUGCGAAAAGUCAACAUGGGGAUUCUAUCCUUUUUCUUAUAUGGAAUUUCCUCCCAUCGACAUUUCUUCCAUUGAUUUAUCUAUCACAUUCGCUACCAACCAGACUAAUUCUCUUUUGAUAUACAGCAGAACCGAAGACGAAUCAUUCUUUGUUGCUUUAGAAAUCGUUCAGAAUAAACUAAAAUUAACGUACGGUUCAGUUCGAAGUCACGUGGUUGUAAUAUCACAAAGAAUUGUCAAUGACAAAAAAUGGCACAGAGUCGUUGCAAAUAAGUUCGGAAAGGAGCUUUGGUUGGGAGUGGUCGAUUGCGCGGAUCACGGUUCUUCUUGUGAAGAAUGCAAGUUCGGAAACAGUAGCUGUUCUUGGUUCGCUUCAAUUUUUUUCGAGACGAUUAAUUCGGCGUCUAGUGCGCUUUAUUUGGGAGGUAUACCAACUUUAGAUACCAUUUCUGCCAAUCAGCGUCAUUUUUUAUCUUCAAACGACUAUGUAGGAUGUUUAAGAGAAUUUACUGUAAGUGGUAAAACAAUGGAUUUGGCUGUACCUUUAUCGUCCCAAUAUGUAAAAUCUAAUUGCGGCCGGAUCGACAGCUGUGAUGAUUCUUCUACGUGUGGAGCAGGUAUUAUUUGUCAGAAUAAAUGGUUCACCAAAUCGUGUCAUUGUCUUGAAAAUGCAAUUGCUCCUAACUGUGACGAAGCUUUUCAACCGAUAACUUUAGAAGAUCCGGGAUCUUAUUUAGAACUAAUUCCUCAAGAGAAAUUUCGAAGAUUUCAACUUGACGAUGAUCAUAAGCAUUACUUCAGUUUUCAUUUUAGAACAAGGUCGAUACAUGGAUAUCUUUUUAACGCACAGACUAAAGACGGAUACAGUUCUUUAUUGAUUGAAAAAGGAAAACUGCUAUACAUGUCAAAUUAUGUGAGUAAUGUAAAACAAGUUAUUAGUAGUAUAAAUUUAGUUGAUGGCCAGUGGCAUUCAAUAAGUAUCCAAUAUGUCGGAAACGAACAUCUUUCGUCUAUCAACAUGAGUGUUGAUGGUUUAUGGAAAACAGUAGAAUCUAGUCACAAUUUUCUUACCAUGAAAUUAAAUAAACUGACUAUUGGUAAUGAAGAAUCAUCUUUCAUAGGUUGUGUCAAAAUGAUCAUUCUUAACAAUGAAGUACAAACAGAUGUAUUGGAUUCGAAUUUUAAUUACUUUGAAGUUAAAAUUCGAGGAUCUGCCAGAAAAGGGUUCUGUAGUUCUCUUAUUUAUGAUCGUCCUCUUUUGGCUACCGAUCCUCUUAAUAUUGGAAUAAUUCUAGUGAUAAUUUUCUUCGCUAUACUUAUUGUCUCCAUUUUAAUUAGCUUUCUCAUGUAUCAGUAUCAUAGCAGAAAACAGGCAAAAGAAAAAACCUCAAAUCAAACCAAACAACAAAUAAACCCAUCAAGAACAGAACCACCUUCUCAAACAGAAUCAUCAAAUAAUCAAGAUUCUUUAAAUAGAAACGUUAGAAUUACACAGGAUUUGGUUCCAAAAACGGAAUGUUCCCAGCGUCCGGAUAUCAUUAGCAGAGAUGUUCUUGAAAAAGUGUCAGAAGAGAAUAUGAAAUCAGAACCAUAUAACUCAGAGCAUAAUUCUGAGAAAUCUGCAACUUCUCUAGGAUAUCAUUACAAAGGAAAUAGAGAAGGUGCUCCGAGAUUCACUAGCAGCCUUCAAAUAACACAAAAAACUAGACGUGUUGUGCCUGGAGAAUUGUCAUCGAACAAUCAAGAUUUUCAAGCAUCCAGAGUGGUCUCGUGUUGUGGAAGUUCUGAUGCUUUGAAGGUAGCAUCGGAUGCGAGAGAAACUCAACAGUGUACUAAAAACAUUGAUUUAGUGAAUACUUUAGAUACAAUUUCAUCAUCUAGCGAUGAUAACCCGUUGGUGGACAAAUUUGGAUGUUAUCUAACUUCUUCUUAUCAACAAGAUUCUACAACAGACGAAAGUGGUAAUGACUCGUUCACGUGCUCGGAGUUUGAAUUUGACAAAAAUGACGUAGCUCCGAAUGAUAAUGAAGAAGUUAAGAACGAUGUUAAUAAAUCGUUUAGUAAAGAACAAUUUACUAAAAUCACAAACAGUUCUGAUAUGAGAUGGGAGAAUUUGCUUAAUUGGAGUCCUAAUUACCAAAAUUUAAUAGGCGUAUGUAAAGAUAUUGGUCAACUCCAUCAUUCCGGAAUAUCCGAAGACACCACUGCUGCUGAUUAUGUAUAAAGUUUCAUUGAAAUAUUUCUAAAUCAGAGGUGUCGAAUAUGAUUCGCGAUUUAUUAAAUUUUUCUUUAAAUGUUUCCUUGUCUAACUUUCCGUACAAAAAUAUGAAGCCAAUGAUCAUUUCUUUAUUGAUUUAUUAAAUAUCAAUUUUCAAUUAGGAAUAAUGCAGAUCAUAAAAUAAUUAAAAAUAUCAAGGAAAAAUUAAAUUAAAAAUAAUUUCAUUGAUAUGCAUGAAAAGUUUAUAUUUUUCAACAAUCCGGAAUAAUUUAUUACAUUAAAUAAAAUCAAUGUUAAACACUACUUCUAUCUAUAACAUUCUAAAAUGUCGUCCCUCUCUGUAUAUAUUCUCAUGCCAGUUCGAAAAUUCAUCUUAAAUUACCUUCUAAUUACGUUUAAUAAUUUUUGUUACAGUGAUAAAAAAUAUGAUUCGUAUAAAUCAUUGAUACAAAAAUAUUCAAGAUCUGAUUUCCGUAAAAGACCUACCUCAAGUGUUUUUUUCAAUAAUGCUGUAAUUGUGCCAUGUGAUCAUUUUGCUGAUGUAAUAAAA